CCGCUAGGUGUCACACAACUGGGCCCGGCGCUUUACGUCAUCAACACGCGCCACCAGGAAAAGCCACCACGACCUUUCAUGAGUCAGUUCUGCUCAUAAUGUGUGUUUUAAAUGAUUUGAGAGAGUAUUAAGUGCGUGGCGCGUGACUGUGGAAGACGACAGAAGCGAAAUGUUGCGGUGUACGCUACUGGUUUGCGGCAGAGGACUCGCUAAAAGGUUCGCCUCCUCCAUCCCCGGGGAGGGCGCUCUGCCCCCUAACUUACUGCUGCCGACCAACCUGGUGGAUCCCGCCAGACUGAGGCGCCCACCGCCUCCCGCAGACUGCUCCCUGCCCCUCCUGAGGACGUGCGACGCGCUCGUUCCAGCUCACCUGAGCCCCGUCCGGACGUGGGUGGAGACCCUGGAGAGGCUGGACGGCGAGCCGCUGGGCGUGGCUCAGCUCCACCCGGACGUCUUCGCGGUGCAUCCCAGGCUCGACAUCCUCCACGAGGUGGAAACAUGGCAGAGGAACUAUAAAAGAAUUAGUCACGCCAGCACAAAGAUCCGGUCGGAGGUCAGAGGCGGCGGCAGGAAGCCAUGGAAACAGAAAGGCAGCGGAAGAGCUCGUCACGGAAGCAUCCGAUCGCCGCUGUGGAAAGGAGGCGGAGUGGCCAACGGACCCCGGGGCCCGACCAGUUACUACUACAUGUUGCCCAUGAAGGUUCGAGUGCAAGGACUCAAAGUGGCCCUGAGCUCCAAGAUGGCCCAGCAAUACCUCCACGUCGUGGACUCCCUGAACAUCCCCUCCCCCGACCCCCGGUACCUGCUGGACCUCCUCAGACUCAAACACUGGGGGGAGUCGCUGCUGAUCGUCGACGUAGGUGAAGAGUUUCCUGAAAACAUCCUGCAGGCGACGGCGAGUCUGAAGACGGUGAACGUUAUUCCAGCCAUCGGUCUCAACGUCCACAGCAUGCUGAAACAUGAAGCCGUCGUCCUCACUCUGGAAACGGUCCGGUUUCUGGAGGACAAGCUGCUCUGGCACGACCAGCGCUACACCCCCCUGUACCCGUACAAACUGCCCUACUCAGACCUCCCGUAGAAGACUCCAAAUCACCCGUAAUAUAAUUCACUGACUGCAAUGUUUUCUUUAUACGUUUAUUGUGUUUCACAAAAAAAAAAUCUUAAAUAAACAAUGGGAAAAAGCCAUGCAAACCUGUAUUAAAAUGAUCUAAAAAGGCACGUAAAAGGCUUAAAACUGCUGACUGAACGUGUGUGGAGGGAGACCGUUAGCCAAGUGGUUCCUGACCUCCCAGCGGAGCGCCGAGCGCUUCUUCUCCGUUGGCACGAUGUAGGUGUUUGGCACGUAAACCCUCCGAGGUUUAGGCUGCAACACAACAACAACAAAUCAAGACUUGAUCUACUUAAUGCCAAUAGGUCCCUUUGCUGCCUCAGAGGACUGUCGUGUAAAGUUGUCUGUAAACACACGGCUCAGCUGUUCUUGUUUACAUAUCUUUAAAUACCAUGAAUUUAAAAGGACUACAUGUAUAAACUG